AUGGCCAUGAUGUCGAGCUCGCAAGGGAUAGCUUUGCUCGCGGUUUCCGUUACAACGAUGGUCAUCGCCUUGUGCUCAUGUAUCUUGCGAUACUGCGUUCGGUUCCGCAUCAACCAAAUGAUAGGAUGGGAGGAUUACUUUGUCGGAGGAGCGAUGUUUGUAGGGAUAAUAAGCGUAAGCUUCACCAUCGUUGAGAGCGUGAGCCAGGAUAACGCACAGAGCGCGCUCCAGUUCGACUACCUAGCGCAGCCGUGGCUCAACAUAAGCUCAGCGCUCAGCAAGACAUCAAUAUACCUGCUUAUCCAGCGACUUGUUUCCCGGGAUAGGACUUGGCGAGUUGUAUUGGCCGUACAGAUCGCAUUCCUGCUAGUUAUCAAUCUUGCGUAUACAAUCACAACGCUAUUGCAGUGCCGACCACUCGAGAAACUCUGGAAGUCAGAUAUUCCUGGAUACUGCUGGAGUCUUAGUAUCCAACAGAGUAUAGGCUACUUUCAAGGCGCUCUCGAUGUCUUAACCCAGUUAUUUAUCACACUUUUCCCAAUCAUGAUCAUUCAGGAUCUGGAAAUCCCAGGAAAUUUACGAUGGCCAUUCUCCAUACUUUCAGUCACGAGUGUCAUUGUUGCUCUGUUCGGUGCGCUCAGGACGUACAACAUCUCUCUGAUACAACUCGAUGAGAGGCAGACGUUUGACGUCAUAAAGACGAUCCUAGCUGUACUAGAGCAAAAUUUAAACAUUGUCUCAGCAAACAUCCUUCCGAUCGUGUCGCUUUUCUCAAAGAACAUUCGUCUGAUAAGCCAGGCGCUUAACGACGCCGCGGAGCCAGGAGAGAGAGACGCUGCCUCUGUGUUAUCGAAGCGAUCCCAGGGAAGCAGGGCUGGGGGACGGCGAAGUCAGGGGUCGAACGUGGUGAUCGAGAGCUCGCAGCGAUCAAGCGCUGAGAGUAUCUCAUCCGCACAUGAUGCUGUAAUUACGGAGGCAUGGCCCCUGAGGAUCAUCAAAACGGUGAGCGUGGAGAUCGUCGAAGAAGAUGCUCCCGAUGUGCCGCAAGAAACAGACAAAGGAAGUAGUCGGACUGGGAGCAGGCAGCAGAACUGGGACACUAUUCUCCAGAAGUAA